AUGAAUCCCGAUCAAUCCUUUGUCGGCUCCCCGUCCAAGCAGCCCUCGGAAUCGCUCAAGAUCCAUCGCUCGCUCAUCCGCUUCGAGUCCAUCCUUGACCUGAAAGAGGCUUCAAGCCUUCGCACGGCCAACACUCUGGAGGAGGAGCUUUCACCUGCUACAGCCGACGACUUUGCAUUCUUCACCACAGAUAUUCCGCUUCCUGCAAGUGCCAAGACCCCACCACUCGAUCCGCUCCAGGCAUUCUUUCCCUAUGAGACCGAGCUGAUAGACGUCUCGCAGCUUGGGUCCACAGCCAUCAUCAGCCCGCAUCUCUCGGCCCAACCCGCAAAGCCUAUUCCCCAAGCACAUGCCGUGAGCUGGUCGGUUGCUACUGAGCAGGGCUAUCGAAACAUCGGCAUCUACAACAGCUCUGUUUCGCCUCAACGCCAGCCCAUCCAUUCCGUCAUGGAAGACAUUCACUGGCCCACCUCGAACGAACACCCUACCAUCUCUGUCGCCAACCCACUGCCCCAACCCAGCUUGACCUUUGACCCGCUCUUCCAGCCAGCGGGCUCGCAACCGUCCGCAUCGAGCCGCACUCCGUCGCACUCUGGCUUGCCGCCGAUGCCUCCCCUGCCUCAGUGUCCGUUUCCCUCGCGCACGUCUUCUCGGCAGUCCGUCGGGUUCUCGUCCUCGUCCUCGUCGUCUUCGUCGUCGGCCGCCUCUUCGUUCCGAGAACACUUCCAGGCUCAGCUCGCACCGCAAACCUCGCUAUUUAUCUUGGCUGACGGCCAUGGCGGUGUCGAUGCCGCUCGCUUCUUUGUAUCCCGCGCUCGCGAGCUGGUGACCCAGCUGCUCCAGUCACAGCCCUGGAACUUUGAGCUGGCGUCGGACCGGACCUACUUCGAGUCUUGUGUCGGCACCAUCUUCCAGUCUAUGGACACCGAAUUCUGCAAGACCAAGAUCGAGGAGUAUCGCAAGUGGAUCGAACUGUACUCACCCGAACUCCCCAAGGAAACCCGACCCAUCGACGACGGAUGCACCCUCGUUGUCAACGUCAUCCACGGCGGUUGGCUGGUCAACUGCAACGUUGGCGACUCGCGGACCAUCGUUAUUACUUCCUCACCGCAGAAGUCUGCCCGCACCGAGCCGUCGUUCCUGAUGCCCAGCUUUCCCCAGCGCUUGCCGUCGCCGUCUCCCACCAACGCCUCGGGCUGGUCUCCGAUCUUUGCCAGCGACGACCACAACAUGACUCACCCAGAAAAGCUCUUCCACAUCUACAAGAACGGCGGCGAGUUUGUGACCUCCGCGGGUGUCCUUCGCCAAGUUGAAAUCAUAGACCCUACGUCUGUAUCGGCAACGGGCCAGCCCCAGCGCAGAAUCUACACCGAGCUCAACGGCAGCCGCAUCUACCGCCGACUAACACCCGAGAUCCAGCGCGUCGGCGUCUCCAAUCGCCGUACCCUCAACCUCACCGCCACCAUGGGCGAUUUGGUCUUUAAGGUCGAGCCCGCUGUGCUUUCCGUUCAGCCGGACGUCGACUUUGUCCGCCUCCAAAGCGACCAAGACUACGUCGUCAUUGUUGCCACCGAUGGCGUCUGGGACCACAUGCGUGUCCAGGGCGAAGGCGGCAACCAUGCCAUUGCCGAGUACAUUGGCUCCCGCAUCAACUCCUGGAACGAGCUCAAGCAAAGGCACGCCGCGCAGUCAAGCAUCGACAUCUCCCGCUUGCGCAUGCGCUCGGAUGAUGCACUUUCCCGUCCACCGGCCAUCUCAUCGGCCAUCCCCAGCGUUAUUCAGACGACGCUGUCCUCGCUCAUCAAUCCCCUGACGCCGACGCCGUCUCCCUCGCCGCCACCUUCGCCUUCACAGGGCCAAAGCGCAGAUAACGUGCCCUCCAACCCCUCGUCCGUCAAGACGUGGUGCAAGGUCGAGUCGCCCCUGCAAGAGCCAGAAGAACCCCUGCCUCCGCUGCCGCCGCUCCAGGAGCUUCUCUCUGAGCUGGCCCAGUCGCUGGUUUCGCGCGAGUCGGCCACCCACAACACCGGACUAUUUAUUUUGAGGCAGAUCCGCUACGAUGAUGCGACCUCGUUCCUCAUCCAUUUGGGAGCCAACAAGUGA